UCCUCACCAAGUAGAUAAAAUAUUUUACGUUAUGCUUGAAAGUUGUGGCAACCGAGGGAAGAAGGUCAUAUAAAAAACUUAUAUUUUUCUCCUUAUGUCUUCUUCAUUAUUUGAUUUUCCAGUUCCCGUUGACUCAUCAAACUACUUUCAUUUUUGAUCUGGAUCUUACACUGCUCAUGAAAUCACUCAACAACAAUUAGUUGAAUAAUGGACCAAGAAGAUGAACUUCCAUUAGAGGGGCAACUUCACAAAGUCAAGAACCAAAAAGAAAGAAUCUUGGAACUAAUUUUGAAACCAUAUUAUUGGUUUAGAAUGCUAUGUGAUGAAUUCCACUGGAGCUUUGUGUCAGGUGUGGCUAUUAUUUAUGGUAUUAAUCAGGGAGUGAGUUCAGGUCUAAGCAAGAUUAGUACUCAGUAUUACAUGAAGGAUGAGCAAAAGUUACAACCUUCUGAAGCUCAAAUUGUUUCUGGAAUAAUUCAAAUACCUUGGAUGGUGAAGCCCCUUUGGGGUCUUUUAACAGAUACUCUUCCUAUUAUAGGAUACAGAAGGAGGCCAUACUUCAUUCUUGCUGGUUUUCUUGGUGCUUUUUCCAUGCUGAGUCUGUCACUCAACCACAAAUUACAACUUGCGUCUGCUUUGUUGUGCCUAACGGGAGCCAGUGCAGCGCAAGCAGUAGCAGAUGUUACUAUUGAUGCCUGUGUGACAGAAAACAGCAUAAGCCACCCUUCUCUUGCCAGUGACAUGCAAAGCUUGUGUGGAGUGAGCUCUUCAGUAGGGCAGCUGAUUGGGUUCACUAUCAGUGGCUUUUUGGUUCAUCUAAUUGGAUCUAAGGGAGUGUUUGGAGUUUUAAGCAUUCCAGCUGCGCUGGUCAUUUUGGUAGGAAUGCUGCUGCACGAACCCUUUAUACGCAAUGUUGCAUACAGGCAGGUAGGUCAAAACUGCUUGGAUGCUUGUAAGACUAUGUGGAUGGCAAUGAAAUGCGAGCAUGUGUGGAGGCCAUGUCUAUACAUGUACAUUUCUCUUGCAUUGAGUUUGCAUAUUCACGAGGGAAUGUUUUACUGGUAUACAGAUGCCAAGGGUGGCCCAUUUUUCUCAAAGGAGAUUGUAGGGACCAUAUCUUCUGUCGGUGCAGUAGGCUAUCUUCUCGGAGUUCUCCUCUACCAGAAUGCUUUUAGAAACCAUCCUUUUCGUUUCGUACUUUUUUGGUCUCAGCUAUUAUAUGGUGCUUCCGGACUACUAGAUUUGAUAUUGGUAUCACGAGUAAAUUUGCAGUUUGGCAUCCCUGAUUAUGUUGUUGCUGUAUCCGAUGCAGCAAUUUCUCAUAUGAUUGGGCGUCUAAGAUGGAUGCCUCUUCUUGUACUCAGUUCAAAGCUUUGCCCCUCCGGCAUUGAAGGAACUUUCUUCGCUUUGCUAAUGUCGAUUGAUCAUGUUGGCAGUCUCACAGCAUCCUGGGCUGGAGGUCUGUUACUUCACACCUUGAAUGUCACAAGAACUCAAUUUGACAACCUUUGGAUAGCAAUAGUUAUCCGGAGCUUUUCGAGAGUCCUUCCAAUUGGCAUUCUGUUUUUGGUGCCAAGCAGUGAUCCAAGUGCUGCUAUUCUACCAACUGAGAUGUUGAAGACAAAAAAGGGCGACGAUGACUUGGGCACUCAACAACUGGAGAUGACACCGCUAGUGACCAAUGUCCAUCAACAUUUAGUAGAUUCAUGAGUGCAAUGCCAGCAAAGUCAUAUUUAUCUGCCAGCCUACCGCAACCCUCCUCCUUUGUCCAGGCUUGGGCCUGCCCUGCAAUGUGAGCGAUCUUAAUCAAAUUGGGAUUCAUUUAGCCGA